AUGAAAAGUUCUGUCCAAACAGCAAUCGAGGAAAAGAAAGAAGAGCUCCUGCAGCUCAAAGUGCUUAACAAGUACACAUAUGAUCUUGUUUUGCAACUUGAGGAAAUUCAGGAAAAACUCCUGACCAUGGGCGACGGAGUGGAAAGUGUUGCUCUAAUCUUGUCAAAUUGGCAAAACGUCAUCAACUCAAUCAGUUUAGCGUCUAUGGGCGUCCUUAAAUACUCUUCAAAAGAUUAUAAGGAUAAACAGCCUUUGCCAGAGACGUUGGUGAGAAUCAAGCUAGACAAGAACUCUGAGGAGACAGAGACCUAA